ACAAGGAUCUGUACGAGGACGUCAUGAUGGAGAACCACCAGCCCCUCACAUCACCAGGAAGAUCCAGUAUGAAAACAACACCAGAGAGAUGUCCCAGUCCUCUUCUUCCUCAGGAUCAUCAGCUUUUGAAUGUGGAUAAAGAUCUGAGCAAUAGUAAUUCUACAGAGACAUAUGUGAGGGGUGAUGCCCAGUGUAAGGAAGAAAUUUCUACAGAGACAUAUGUGAGCGGUGAUGACCAGUGUAAGGAAGAAAUUACUACAGAGACAUAUGUGAGCGGUGAUGACCAGUGUAAGGAAGAAAUUUCUACAGAGACAUAUGUGAGGGGUGAUGACCAGUGUAAGGAAGAAAUUUCUACAGAGACAUAUGUGAGGGGUGAUGACCAGUGUAAGGAAGAAAUUUCUACAGAGACAUAUAUGUGGAGUGAUGACCAGUGUAAGGAAGAAAUUACUACAGAUAACCACCCAGCAGGGGACUGUACCAGGAGCUCAGAGGAACAUCUGCUAUCUUCAUCUUUUAAAGCAAUUGGUCAUGCUCUCGUACAAGACACAAAUGAAGAGCAUGCCAUUAUCUCGGAUAUACCCUCAGCUCUGCACAGUCAAGUUUGCUCGUUUGAUCCAUUUAAACAUCUUCUAUCUCCUGAUUCAUCACAGACUGUAAAGCAGAAUAAAAGUCACAGAAGGGAUGUUAAACAUCAAAGAACAUACACAGGGAAGAAGACCAUUUCAUGUUCAGAAUGUGGGAAAUGUUUUGCUUGGAAAUCACAACUUGUUGACCAUCAGAGAAUUCACACGGGGGAGACGCCAUUUUCAUGUCCAGAAUGUGGGAAAUGUUUUACACACAAAACAGCACUUGUUGCACAUAAAAGAAUUCACACAGGAGAGAAGCCAUUUUCAUGUCCGGAAUGUGGGAAAUGUUUUGCACAGAAAACGACACUUGUUGCACAUCGAAGAAUUCACACAGGAGAUAAGCCAUUUUCAUGUCCAGAAUGUGGGAAAUGUUUUACUUGGAAACCACAACUUGUUAAACAUCAACAAACUCACACAGGGGAAAAGCCAUUUUCAUGUUAAGAAUUUUGGAAAUGUUUCUUUAGAAAAGCAAUUUAUUUUUAUUUCUCAUAAAUGUAACAAAUUUUCAAGUGUGUCAUGCACACCAUACAUGCAAGGGUGAAAAUAAACUCCAUACAUUAACAUAACAGACAGGCAGCUACAUCUGAGAUCAUAGAAGUCCAUGAAUUGAGAUACCGUAUUGAUUAUAUAGUAUGGUUAGCUUUUUCCCCCUUUAGCGCCUCCCGCUCCCUCCGUCCCCUGUGAUUCGUUUCAAGGGUCCCAAUAUUCCUUUCAAGACCUCUGUGUGGUACCAGAUUGAGUUUGUAAAUGGAUACAUUAAUGUAUUUAUUUCCUCCUGAGACAAUGCUGUUAUAAUAAACUUCCUCCAGCAUUGGAAGAAGCUUUUAGUCUUAGUUUUGCCCUUAGCCUCUAGUUUCUCUAUAUACAUGAAGUUUUUCAGCUGCGCUUGUACCUCUAUUGUAGAUGGCAUGCUAGAGGAAAGGCUUGUUUUGCUACAAGUAGUGAUGUAUAUUAGGGCUGGUAAGUUUGCCCUUUCUCUGCCAGCGUGUCAUGGUCCCUCAGGUGACUGAUGUCAGGAGAUCAAGGAGACUGGCUGAGCGUGGAGGAAUCAAACAGCCUCCUUGAUUUUUCUUGAUUCUGUGUUGAUAGCGUUAAUGGCCACUUCCCUUGUCUCGGCUGUUGCUCAGUGGUCAUCACUUCUACCCUUUAUAGUCUGACCCCACCCUUCUGACUAUGCGGUAGAUUGCUUCAUUUGGUUUUGGAAAGAGCUGGAGUGUGGUUCUCCCUGAGUUCCUGCUCAUCCUUUUACAACAGAAGCUAAGUGUCUCGCUUGUUUGUAUUUUGUCUUUUCCCCUUGGUUGUGGUUACUAGGCCUUAGGGAGACUCUU